AUGGUUGCUGGCAGAGUGCGUGGAAGUCUGAAUGAUAUUGGAUCUGAGGUGGAAAUAGAUGUGGAACGAUACGAGGUUGUCGACGAAUUCACAUGCCUGGGAACCCAGAUAACAUACGAAAAUGACGUCACUCGAGAUGAGAAGAGACGUUAUGCUUCCCCCCAACCGGCCAGCAGCAGCAGUAGUAGUCUUUCAAAGGAACGGAGAGGCGGCGGCGGCGGCGGGUCAGCUCUCGAGGAUGAUUACGAGGAUGACUACGACGACGAUGAUGAACCGUCGAAGGAAAGUGCCGACAAUGAGAUUAACAAUCCGAAUCCUUCGCUGGCCAGCCAGCUGCUGACGAGGAAUCACACCAUCGAAACGGAGCUGGAUGAUACCGUCACCCUGCCCUGUCGGAUACAGAAUCCAGAAACUAACACCAUUGUGAUGUGGUACAACACUUCCAGCCUGCUCUAUGUUCGCACCAACAAUCACACCAACGAUCCUCGGUUAUCCCUGGGCAAGGAUUCCUCCCUUACCCUCCGUCACGUACAAGCCACCGAUGACUCCAUCUACAAAUGUACAGUUUUGCCAAUCCAGCAGUCUGCCUUCAUAACGCUGAAAGUCCGAGGACCGCCGUACAACAUUCGGAUAACACAUGGUAACAACGACUACACCAACAGGGAAGUGGAGAUCCAGCAACACGAUCGGAAGUUUAUCAUCCAUUGCCAUGCUAGCGGUUUUCCGACUCCGUCGGUGACGUGGUCAUUCAGGGGUAAACAUCUGGACGAUGCCUAUGCCAAACACACCGGCAUCGUAAUCCGCAAAGAGUUCUUGGAAAUCCACGACGUCAAGGCUCACCACGCCGGCGACUACGAGUGUCUAGCGCAGAAUGGCAUCGGAGAGCCUGUCAGUGCCGUUGUGACCGUUCAGAUUAAAUCGCGUCCUGCGAUUGUCAAGCACGUCGACUACCUGAACACGGCCGUCGGUGAAAAUGCCGAAUUGGUUUGUCUGUAUCACAGCAACCCGGAAGCUCGCAAGGUCCAGUGGCUGCGGGGAGACGAUACGUUGCACAACGGCGCCAAGUACUCCAUCGUUGACGAUCGGCACAACCAUCACCAGCGGACGCGCCUGACGGUGCGGAACGUCGACCAGAAGGAUCUGCUAGCGUACGUGUGUAAGGUGGAGAAUGCAUUGGGAGAAUCAUCGGCCAAGACUAUCCUCGGAUUGCUACCGGGGGCGGCCCAUCUUGUACACUCCAACUUCUCCAAUGGGCUGCUGCAUACCGUGUGGAGGGUACGAAGCGCUCAGCCGCUGUCCGAUCUCCAGAUUCUGUACAAGGGCGAAAAUACUAAAUACACUACAAUCGAUGCCACAAUUUCGGAACAAAAUAAGGAAGAAUCCGGAGACGUUUGGAACAUCAAGCGAUCACUGCGCCUCCCCGAGGGCGAAUGGUUCAUCACGGCUCGGGCGCGAAACACCGAGGGAUGGGCCUUUUCCGAAACCGUCCCAAUACAGUUCCAGAUCCCCAGCGAGGUGUCACUGGAAUCGCACGGACUGGCCGAAAGCGGAAGCAGCAUGGUACAGUCGGCCAGUUUAGGGUUCUGUUUGCUGCUGUUCUCGCUGCUCUGUAGACUGUUUUAAAGCAAAACAACACGAUAUCUUCCCUUUUAGUGUAACUAUUCACCGAUAGGUAGUUCUAUCUUCCUUUAAAAAAAUGCAUCCGCCUGUUUUAAUCGGCAAUUCUUUGCAACCUAUUGACAGUUUGGUGGGUAGAAAAGAAAGAUCUGCAACUAAUUAAGCAAAACCAGACGGCGGCGGAGGGCUCGGCCCUCCCGUGAGUAGGCACAAAUGUGUAAAAAAUAUGUUUACGGUAGCUAAGUCAGCCUUACCGGAAAGCCUUGUCACCAAAAAGAAACAAAAAAUAGUAAGCGAAAUCAAAUGAAUUGUAUUAGUAUAAAUGUUACCUAUGAUGAUGAUGAUGAUGAUGAAAAAAAGAUGAUGAUCCGGUUUUAAAUCGUCCACGCUUUUACUCUAUAGAUAAUCGACGGUAUAGUUAGUAGUUUAGUAGGUACCUAUACUACAACAGUUCUGAUUAACUUCAACUCUACACACACACACCCGCUGCCGUUGAGCGAGAUAAAAUGCUCUCAUUUUGUCACCGGUCGACGGUGCUUUGUAAAUGUUACAUUACUGGUUAUGUUCUAUGGAAAAAUAGAAAUUAGUAGCAUCAUGAGCAGCACACAUAAGGAACCAAAUAGAGAGAGAAACGCUUAACGUGUAAUUUUAUGUUGUAAUUCCGUUCAUUAUAAUUUUCCCCUCUUCCCUUUUACUCUGUAUUAGCUAGUAACUAUGUAGUUGGACUACGAAUUCCACUUCUGCAUUAUCAUCUCCACGUUUUGUUUUACUUUUUCUGUCAGUUCAUUAAUUCGUUUUAAAUAAACUUUCUACCAAAAAAAAACGAGAAAGUUAACAGUAGAACAUUUGUCUAUUUUUUUAUUGUAAAUUUCAAAAAAAGCUAAGUUGUAUUCAUAUAGUUUGUAAACCAAUUCCCAUUCUUUGUGUAUAAUGAAAGAACAUUAAUCUACAAAUAUAUGUAAUAGAAUGCGUACUAAAUAUAUUAGUGUUAUAAACCAAUCAUAACAAAACAAAAAUACUUAAACGUGCAAGAGCGUGUAAAUCGAUCCGGACACAAGCGCUAAGCAAGGAUUGCUAUGAUUUUAUCGAUUGUGUACAACUAGUUGACAGGAAAUGACACAAAUCAACACAAAACAGCAGCAAUAGAUAACCGGAAAGGCGGUACAAUAACGCAAGCCAUAGUUUAUUUAUAUAGGAAUAGAUUAAAAGUAUUUCUCUAAUUCUGCCACAGACAGUCCCCAAAAAGAAAAAUAACGUUAUCAAUAUAAUACAAAAGAAAAACAUCUUUGAAUACAGGCAGGCUUUGAAGUGCAGGCAAGACACAGAAAUUGUCAGGCAAAAAAUUGUUUCAAACCCAGCAAGUGACAGUUAAACAAUUCUGGAAAAAAUGUAGGAGGGACGGAAUAAAACUAGAAUAAAGUGAUA